AUGUAUCCACUUGAGUUUAUUAGAGGGCUGCUGGGAGCAAAAAUAUGCGUUAUGCUGAGAGACGGAACAGAGUACAAGGGCGUGCUUCGGAUGUUUGACGAGCACAUAAACCUGAUCAUGUCAAAUGUGGCAGACGCCGUGGACAAAAGAGUUCUUUUUCUGAGAAGCGAAAACGUGCUGACAAUAUCUGAGGGGUAG